GUGAACACCGUCCGCGCAGUGUGUUUGUUCAGCAGGCGAUGGCGUCCAACGAGACGCGGGGCUCGGCUCCGACACAGGCCACGGUGCUGAUGUCAUGCCGGGUGUCGGAAGGAGAGUGUGGCGGCCGCGGCCUAACUCCGUGUCCCGGGCCUCGGGCAGCGACGGACGACCAGCCCUCGGCCCUGCGCCUGCAGCUGAGCAUGGAGCGGCCCGGGGUGUUCCGGCUGGGAGUCCGCUCCGGGGACAGCCGCCUCGGGAAGAGCCUGAGCCUUUAUGAAUUUAAUUUGAAAGAUAUCAUCUAUGAAUUCAAAAGUGCGACCUGCCAUAGAAUUAGUACAAGGAACCAACCAUCUGAGCAGUUGAUGUAUCACUUUGAAGAUGAGAAAGAGGCUCAGAAGUGGUCAACCAUCAUCACCAGCUCGUUGAGGGAAGUUGAGAAAGCAAGUUCUUCUGCUGACGCACAGUACCAGAGUGAGCCAACAGGAAUCCCAGUACUGUCAGCUCAACCAGUGACAGAGGGAGUUCUCAAGACAGGAGCAGAGCUGCUUGGAGCUGGCCACAACGUUCCAAGAUCAGGAAUGGACAUCUCCAGAACAGAGGACCUGAUUCAGCAACUUGCCAAAGCAAUAGAGGCAGGUGACUCUGUCUUGUCGUCUGAGUGUGCUGUGAGUCUGGCUCAGCAGAAAGUGUCUCUCGGCAUCUGGAUGAAGGAUGUUUAUCCCAAUCAACAGAUCAGUAUGAAAGUUGAAGUGGAGGACGCCACAUCUUCUGCCACCAUUUUUGUGAAGGUCUUCCCCUAUGCAACUGUUUCCACGUUAAAGCAACAGGUAUUCCGAGAUUUUGGGUUCCACCCUAUGGUUCAACGCUGGAUUAUUGGCCAGUGCCUGGCGAGCGAUCACAGAACUCUGAGUUCGUAUGGUGUGAGGAAAGAUGGGGUCACAACCUUCCUGUACCUGCUGUCAGCAAAGCUGGCCAACCUACCACGGCGCCAGUACGAGGAGGAGCAGGCUCUCGCUGUCAUGGCCCAUGAUGAGAUGUCCAUUGAUAUGCAGAGGAGGGAGAGCCUUCUGGAGGAAGAGAGGAGAAAGUACAGUACGUUACCGAGCAAGCUGCCAGUGAAUAAAGGUAGAGUGCCCCCGAAGAGCAAGGAUGGAAGAAUGGACAUCAAUAAUAUUACUCAAUGUGUCAAUCUGGAGCUGAAAUCACUUCAGUCUCUCUCAUUACAUGAUGCUUGGAACAGACCGGUGCAGCAAGUUUUCCCCGCGUCAUCACAGGCAGGCUGGGCGUGUGGAAAGUGUACCUACAUAAAUAAACCUACCCGGCCAGGAUGUGAGAUGUGCAGCAGUCCCCGACCACCAGACUACUGUGUGCCCCAGGAUUAUAAGCCUGACGAUGAGGAGCUGUUUCGCAUCCUACAGGAAAAGGAGGCAAUGCAGCGAUAUCAACAGGAGCUGGAGGAAAGGCGCCUGCGAAAUUAUCAGAGCCUCCUGCAGCUUGAUGGCCAGCACCUCGUCCUCAAUUGUGAACCCUUUGAAUGCCGUAUCUGUCUGUCGGAUGUGAAGCUGGGGGAAGGCAUUGUAUUGCGAGACUGCCUGCACUCCUUCUGCAGAGAUUGUCUGAAACAGCUGAUCCAGAGCAGCACUGACCCACAGGUGCCCUGUCCGUACCGCGAUGAUAGCUACGCAUGUGACAGCAAACUGCAGGAGCGUGAGAUCCGAGCGCUGGUUUCCCACGAAGACUAUGAUAAAUUCCUCGACCGCAGUAUGAGUGUUGCAGAGAGCAGCAGUGAAAACAGUUACCACUGCAGAACAGCAGACUGCAAGGGCUGGUGUAUCUACGAAGACACUGUCAAUGAGUUUUGCUGCCCCAUCUGCUUGAAGCUCAACUGCCUGCUCUGUAAGGCAAUCCAUGAGGGUAUGAACUGUAAACAAUACCAGGACGACCUGUGUAACCGAGCAGUGAGCGAUUGUGCAGCUCGCCGAACCACCGAGAUGCUGAAGACAAUGGUUCAGAAGGGAGAGGCAAUGCAUUGUCCAAAGUGUAAGAUCAUUGUGCAGCUGAAGGAUGGAUGUGACUGGUUACGAUGCCCGAUCUGUCACACAGAGAUCUGCUGGGUUACCAAGGGAUACCGCUGGGGGCCUGGGGGACCUGGAGAUACGAGUGGAGGAUGUCGCUGUCUUGUGAAUGGCCAGCGCUGCCACCCACUGUGUCAGAAUUGUCAUUGACGCCUCACUGUCCCCCUCAGGGAGCUGGGGAAGGGGUGGGGAGGGGGUUAGGGUGAAAGGACCCACUGACCCCACACAGUCUGUCACAGCUAACCAGCGAUGGAAAGGAAGCAGCGAGGACAGUGAAAUGCACGGAUAGUUCCACCUCUCGCUGCUGUGAGCUUUGCCGACCCUUUUGCAAGCAGCUAGGACACCGUUAGGGUGCUGGGCAGAAGGUGGAACUAUGACAAUUUCACAAGGCUAGUUGUGUUGGUGGUACAUGGAGGGGUUGCAGGCCAGUGUUCUGCGGACACGGGUUCAAAUCCCACCGCAGUGGCUGAUGGAAUCUAAAUGCAGCUCCUCUGGGUUCUAAAGCUAGUGUCUGUGAUAGUGGUCGGUAAACUUUCACUGCCCACCAAUGUCGUUCAGGGAAGGGGAUCCUUCCCCGGUCUGGCCUACGUGUGACUCCAAACCCACACAAUGUGAUUGUCUUUUAGCUGCUCGCUGGGCAAUUAGAGACAACUGAGAAAUGCUGGCCUUGUCAACAAUACCCACAUCCCACCAGAGACUCAUGAACCUUCACUUUCCAGUGUUGAUUUGUUGCUCUAUAUAGCAGCUGAGGGUGAAUGGUUUUAUUUGAGGACUGGGAGUGAUUCACUUCCCUUGUAACUGAAUACUGGGAGAUGAAUUUUUUAAAAAAUACAUCGUUUACAGCAUAUGGGUAUCACAGGUUGGGCCCAGCAUUUCUUGACCGUCCCUAGUUGCCACUUGAGAAGGUGGUGGUGAGCUGCCUUCUUGAGAUGCUGCAGUCCAUGUGCUGUGGGGUUGACCCACAUUGCCCUGAGGGAGGGAAUUCCAGGAUUCUGACCCAGUCACACUGAAGAAACAGCGAUAUAUUUUCAAGUCAGGAUGGUGAGUGGCUUGGAGCGGAACUUGCAGGGGGUGGUGGUCCCAUGGAUCUGCUGCCCUCGUCCUUCUAGAUGGAAAUUUGGGUUUGGAAGGUGUGGUCUGAGGACCUUUGGUGAAUUUCUAAAGUACCUAGAACAUAGAAUGUAGAAAAGUACAGCACAGUAUAGGCCCUUUGGCCCACAAUGUUGUGCCGUGGAAUAAUCCUAAUAAUGUUGUCUUUUGUUUCAAAUGGAAUGGAAUAUAAAAGUGAGGAAACAAAGAAACCAACAGCACAGGAACAGGCCCUUCGGCCCUCCAAGCCUGCGCCGAUCAAGAUCCUCUGUCUAACCUGUCAUCUAUUUUCUAACGGUCUGUGCCCAUUUGCUCCCUGCCCAUCCAUGUACCUGUCCGAAUAUAUCUUAAAAGACGCUAACGUGUCUGCAUCUACCACCUUCACUGGCAACGCAUUCCAGGUGCCCACCACCCUCUGUGUAAAGAACUUUCCACGCAUAUCUACCUCUUGUACGUGGUACAUAGUGCUGCUACUGAGGUUUGGUAGUGUUUAUGAAUAAUGCGUGGAGAAAAUUUUCAUCUACCUGAAUUGUUCCCUGAGACAUUUUCUGUCAAUGCAGGUGACUCAAACAGCUACAGUCAGUUGGCCAGUUUCUCCUAGAUGAAGCUAACUGGCUGUGGAAUCAUUCCCAGGUGUCUAUCACUUUGUAAAACACACCUUAGUCUGCUGAUUGUGUGAGGUUCCUUAGCCGGACUGCAUGUGCCCCACCCUUCACAGACUUGAUCCAUCAGUCCCACAGACCUUCUGAAUCCUGCAGAAUUACCUCAAGACAAGAGCUUCCAGGCCAUUCUCAGCUCCUGUAACUCUGUUCCAAAGUGUUUUGCGUUUAGUUAGACUUGUAGUGGGGUAGUCAACUAUCUAAGCCAUGGCUUCAGGAGGACUAGGUUUGGAUUGUCAGUGGCACAGCCAGUAUUCUAAGUAGUCACCUCGUUAGUACAAACCUUGAAUCUUGCUGAGAGACAAGUUGCCGAAAACGUUUGUCUUGCAUUUAUCAGGACAGACACUAAUGUCAAACUUCAAACAAUCACAUGGUUUAUAGACGAAGAGAAAUGGGCGCUGGUUGCUUGUUACAUUGACUGUGAUUGGCUGGUAUGUCAUUAAGGAGAAAGCAAUGAAGAACUAUAGACUGUAAGAAAAACACACACAAGACUUCAAACGUUUUUCAUUUUUGCAGCAAGUGGGUCCCUGCAUGUGAAUGUCUGCUGCUUCGAACAAAUGCUAAUGACUAUGUUACAAACUCAAAGGGUUAUCUUAAAUUGCUUGAGGGUGUAGCUGCUGGCACCCUCAGGGAUUGUUCAGGAGAUUGUGUGCAAUCAUGGAAUCUAACAGUGUAUACAUUUUGUCGUUUGGCUUCGUGAGUGUGGGUUUUUGGGGUAGUUUCCACUCUGUCUACAAUGCACAGCCAUUUAUUUAGAGGUGCUGUUUAGCCUCUGAAUGGGAGUUUGUAUUUUUCUGACUUGUUACUGUUGUAAACAUGUGUUACCAUUCUCAGUAUUUUACUGCAGAUACUUUCCAAGGAAAUGCAGUGCCAGAAUAUGCCCCUGUUAACCGAGGUCUGCAUUUAUGUGAGCCAAUGUCGUGGAAACAGAAACUUUUAGAAACAAGCAGCAAGUCGACGGUCAUCGUCUGUGAAGGAAGAGAGAGCUCGAUGUUUCGGACCCUGUUUGUGUCUGCAUUGAUACUGCCUGACCCCCACAGGGUCUCCACCAUCUAGUUUCAGUUUGCAGCAGCUACUGCAUUUGGCUUUUCCCUAUGGUCUGUAGGGGCUGGACAUGAACAGUUCUCAGUGGUGGCACUGAAUCGAACCAAAAGUACGCUGAUUGAGAAAUGUACACAAGGCCAGGAAAUCAGGGCGCUGGGCUUUAUUACAAAAAUAGAAAUUACUGAGGAAACCCAGUGGGGCUAGCAGCAUCUGUGCGGAGAAGGCAAAGCGAAUUCUUUGAGUCUGAUGACUCCUAAUCAUCUCUGGAAUUCAUUCUGGGGUCUGCAAGUUUUUUCCCAGCCCUUAUUGCCCUGAGCAGGAGCUGGUGCACACCUGCCUGAGCACUGCAGACCUUGUUUCCCAAAGUUUCGUGGGGCGGGCGAGGGGUUGUUGUCGUCAUAGCUUUACCAUCCAAACCAGGCCGUUUUGGGGGUGAUGGUAAGAAGCAUUUUCUCCCACAACAGGAUGUGGAUACUGGGUACCAAUUGGGGUCUGAUGGUUUCUAAGCAGCAUGUUCAGAGUUGUCAUUUUUGCACCACUUGAGCUUCCUGCCUGAGAUGUAGGGGCACUAGCACUGCGACAGACAAGCCCAUCAGGUUGAGAUUACUGUGUGACAGUGGGGUAAUAGAUGUUUGGAGCAAAAGGUGUUUUGAGUGGAGUUGUAAGGCAGGUAAGCUAUGAUUUGAUUGAGUAGGCUCUGUGUUCUGUACAACGUACCCCACCCCAACUGAUGGGUUCCCAACUCUCAAAUUCAGUUAUUGUUUUAAUCACCUCCAGUGGGAGUGGAUCAAAACCUGGAAUUCCCUCCCUAAGGUCAUUGUGGGCCAACCUACAGGGAUUCAAGGAGGCAGCUCACCACUACAUUCUCAAGGGGCAACUAGGGAUGGGCAAUAAAUGCUAGGCCCAGUCAGUGACCUCAAUAUUCCCUGAAAUCAAACAAAAGUAGAUGUAGUCAGUGGCAUACAGGACUUGUGUAUUGUGAAUGGAAGAGCCACGAUAUCAAAAACAUCUUGUAUGCAUCUGAACAAACCCAAUUCAAUAUUCUUGCCGUUCUGUCCUGAUGAGUGCAAAAUUAAAAGUUUCAACAGCAUACCUUCCUCUUCAGCAGUACCAAAUUCCCUUGUUUGAAUCCUUGUUGGAACUAACUAGAAGGUGAGAGCUAAUACGAGUGGAAUGAGCUCUGGGUCUCUCAUUCUCACUAGCCUUCUAUCAUUUCCUGAAGAUGACUUCUCCAGGUUGGUUUUCAAAAUUGCUGCUAAUUGCCGGGAUAUGCAAAUCCGCUAAUUAACUGAGAAUGCAGUGUUUCACUGGUAGCAGGGUCUUGUGGUGCAGUGGUAGGGUCCCUGACGCUAAUUUAGGAGGCUGGGCUCAAGCCCCACCUGCUUCAGAGGUGUAUCUUAACAUGUUUGAACAGGCUGAAUAAAGAUACCAGUAGCUUGCUAUUAAAUAAUUAAGCAGAUAUAUAGACACGGUUUCUCUCACAUACACACUGUGCAAAUUAUACACUUAUUAGGGGAGAUAAACUCUUGAGUCAGCAGGGACGGAGCGCAUGAUUUUUCUUCACGUGUGUCUCAAAGCCUUUCCCGUCCGUCUAUACUAUCCCAGAUGGGCAAAAAAUGACCACAAAUUGUUUGAGAGUAAUGUCAACACAUCAGUCUCCCCAGUAUAACCAGUGAACACACAGAUGUUGGGUCUUACAGCUCCGAGAUUCUAAGCUGUUCAGCCUAAAAGACAGCAGAUGCUUAGAGCACAAUUCAGUAUUAAUCCUUUCAGACUCAUAGACAACAAAAGGAAGGUGUCACCCAGUCACUGUCUGAUCAAAUGUGUGUGUGUGCGUGUAUACUCUGAUGGAGAAGCUGAUCAAACUAUCUCACUGUGAACUCACAAUUGAUGUCUUUUUGUUAAACAAAGGCUCAAUGUACA